AUGCAAAUAACAAUGACAUCUGCCGAUGAACAGUUAUCGGAAUGUCGUGAAGUAUUUUGUUACUUCGAUUCAAAGGGAGAUGAACGGAUAGGAGUAACACAAGUUGGUGAUGUUCUUCGUGCACUUGGACAAAAUCCAACAGAAGCUGAGAUCCAGAAAUGUUGUUCACAUUGGACUGAUCCUGAAACUCGUAUUACAUUCGAAGAUUUUGUCCCCAUUUAUCAGUCAGUGAAUAAAUGUCGCGAAAACCAUACUCUAGAAGAAUUCGUGGAAGGAUUGUCUCAUUUUGAUAAAGAGGGAAAUGGCUUAAUCAAUAUUGCUGAAUUGCGACAUCUUCUAACAACUCUCGGCGAACGUUUGUCAGAUGAAGAAGUUGAUCAACUUCUGGCUGGCCAUGACGAUUCACACGGCAAUGUAAACAUUUCCGAUUUUGUACGAGCCAUUAUGCAUGCCUAA